CGGCGCAGUAAGCAAAGGGGGAAAUCCCUCAGAACAAGGUAAUAGCAGAGGAAGGGGUCUGCAUAGCGGGAUUCUUGCAGAAAGGGACCGAGGUGGAAGAUUCUCUCCCCCACCGCCCCUCCUAAUUUCUCAAUUAGAAGCAAAGUUUGGCAGAUACAUUAAGUGCUUAUUUGGAGAGAGAAAUAACUUGACAAGAAAGACUCCUUGGUCAUUUGGGACUAACUGCUGGUCGAAGAAGAUCUUAUGGCUGCAUUGGAAGUUUCAUUUGAGAUCAAAGACAAACAUGGAAUUGCAAAGCCCAGUAAUGAAUCAGGGGCAGGAGCAGAAAAAGAUCCCCAAAGCAUCCAGGCUGGGAGUGGUAAGGAAUCCUGGGAAAGAAUGGUGCAAAAGAUCCUGGAAGGAGACCCCACCAGCACCGAUGUUGAAUGCCAGAGACUCAGGCAGUUCCCCUACCAGGAGGCUGAAGGACCCCGAGACCUUUGCAGCAGACUCCACACCCGUUGCCAUCAGUGGCUGAAGCCCGAAAAGCACACCAAAGCUCAGAUGCUGGACCUGGUGAUCCUGGAGCAGUUCCUGACUGUCCUGCCCCCGGAGAUGGAGAGCUGGGUCAGAGAAUGUGGAGCAGAGACCAGUUCCCAGGCGGUGGCCCUGGCAGAAGGUUUCCUCCUGAGCCAGGCAGAGGAGAAGAGGCAAGAGGAGCAGCAGGCACUGAGUAUGUUAGCCAACAUGGCCACUGAUCCCCUGCAGGCAGAGAAGGCUCCGUCAGACACCAGGCAGAGGCUGCUCCUCAGGGGGAUCCUGCGGGAGGAGGAGGAGGGGGAUGGAGGAACCACCUCUCUGGGCUGUGAAAUGUCCCUGAACAUUCUCUUUAGUCCUUCUCCUCUUGGUGAUAGAGAGGAAGGUGUUGCUGUGUGGUCAGCGGAUCAGGGACCCGUGUCCUUUGAGGAGGUGGCUGUGUGUUUCUCCGAGGAGGAGUGGGCUCUGCUGGAUCCUGGCCAAAGGGCUCUGCACAGGGAAGUCAUGGAGGAGACUUCUGGGCAUCUGGCCUGGCUGGUUCUGAAACAUGAACUCACUUCUUGGUCAGAAGAUCCAUUUAUUGAGGCCCCUGAGGAGGAGGAAGAGAGAUCAGCAGGUAAUCGGAGGACGAACAGAAAAAAGGGGAAAGUACAGAGAAGAAAAACUGAAGAAAAAGAGAAGAAUUGGGCGGCUUCUGAAAGGACAGACUUCCAUGCAAUUCCAGCUGAAGAUAAGACUAGUAAGCGUACUCUAAGUGGAAGCAUCUUAACUAAUAAACCACACCUCGGUCCACAUCACAGCAUCCCUACAAGCAUGAAAGCAUAUCAAUGCACAGUGUGUGGGAACGACAUCAGGAAUUGGUUGAACUUGUAUGAACAUAAAAAAAACCAUAUAGGAUUGAAACUGUGCUUGAAGUGUGGAAAGAGAUUAAGUUGUGACACUGCCCUUGCUGUCCACCAGUGUGUCUGCCAAGGAGAUACAUGCUCUAAAUACAGAAAGAGCUUCAAUGGCAGAGAUAAGAUUCCUUCCCAUCAAAGUUGCCAUAUAGGACAGAAACCCUAUACAUGCUCAGAGUGUGGAAAGAGCUUCAGUUGGAAGUCAAACCUUUCUGCCCAUCAAAGAAUCCACACAGGAGAGAAACCAUAUACGUGCUCAGAAUGUGGAAAGAGUUUCAGUCAUACGGGCCAGCUUUCUGACCAUCAAAGAAUGCACACAGGGGAGAAACCUUAUAUGUGCUCAGAGUGUGGAAAGAGCUUCAGCUGGAAGUCAAGCCUUUCAGCCCAUCAAAGAAUCCACACAGGGGAGAAACCAUAUACAUGCUCAGAGUGUGGAAAGAGGUUCAGGUUCUCCCCAAGCCUUGCAAUCCAUUACAGAAUCCACACAAAAGAGAAACCAUAUAUGUGCUCAGAGUGUGGAAAGAGCUUCAGUCGGAAAGCUCAGCUUAAUGGCCAUCAAAGACUCCACACAGAAGAGAAACCAUAUACAUGCUUAGAAUGUGGGAAGAGCUUCAAUGAGAAGGGCAAUCUUUCUAUCCAUCAAAUAAUCCACACAGGGGAGAAACCGUAUACAUGCUCAGAGUGUGGAAAGAGCUUCAGUGAGAAGGGCAGUCUCUCUGGCCAUCAAAGAAUCCAUACAGGGGAGAAACCGUAUACAUGUUCAGAGUGUGGAAAGAGCUUCCGUUGCAAGGGUAAUCUUUCUGUCCAUCAAAGAAUCCACACAGGGGAGAAACCAUAUAUUUGCUCAGAGUGUGGAAAGAGCUUCAGUCAGAAGUACAAGCUUUCUGUCCAUCAAAGAAUCCAUACAGGGGAGAAACCAUAUAUGUGCUCAGAGUGUGGAAAGAGCUUCAGUGAAAAGGGCAGUCUUUCUGCCCAUCAAAGAAUUCACACAGGGGAGAAACCAUAUAUAUGCUCUGAGUGUGGGAAGAGCUUCAGUUGCAAGAGCAGUCUUACUGCCCAUGAGAGAAUCCACACAGGGGAGAAACCAUAUACGUGCUCAGAGUGUGGAAAGAGCUUCUGUCAGAAAUACAAGCUUUCUGUCCAUCAAAGAAUCCACACAGGGGAGAAACCAUAUAUGUGCGCAGAGUGUGGAAAGAGCUUCAAUGAGAAGGCCAAGCUUUCUGCCCAUCAGAGAAUCCACACAGGGGAGAAACCAUAUAUGUGCGCAGAGUGUGGAAAGAGCUUCAAUGAGAAGGCCAAGCUUUCUGUCCAUCAAAGAAUCCACACAGGGGAGAAACCAUAUACGUGCUCAGAUUGUGGAAAGAGCUUCAGGCAGAAGUUCAAGCUUUCUGUCCAUCAGAGAAUCCACACAGGGGAGAAACCAUAUAUGUGCUCAGAGUGUGGAAAGAGCUUCAGGCAGAAGUAUGAACUAUCUGCCCAUCAAAGAAUCCAUACAGGAGAGAAACCCUACACAUGCUCAGACUGUGGAAAGAGCUUCAGUUGGAAGUCAAGUCUUUCUGCCCAUCAAAGAAUCCACACAGGGGAGAAACCAUAUACGUGCUCAGAAUGUGGAAAGAGUUUCAGUCUUAUGGAACAGUUUUCUAAACAUCAAAGAAUGCACACAGGGGAGAAACCUUAUAUGUGCUCAGAGUGUGGGAAGAGCUUCAGUUGCAAGUCAAGCCUUUCAGCCCAUCAAAGAAUCCACAAAAGGGAGAAACCAUAUACGUGCUCAGAGUGUGGAAAGAGUUUCAGUCUUGUGGGCCAGCUUUCCGACCAUCAAAGAAUGCACACAGGGGAGAAACCUUAUAUGUGUUCAGAGUGUGGAAAAAGCUUCAGUUGGAAGUCAAGCCUUUCUGACCAUCAAAGAAUCCACACAGGGGAGAAACCAUAUACUUGCUUAGAGUGUGGAAAGAGGUUCAGGUUCCUCUCAAGCCUUGCCAUCCAUUAUAGAAUCCACACAGGGGAGAAACCAUAUAUGUGCUCAGAGUGUGGAGAGAGCUUCAGUCGGAAGGCUCAGCUUAAUGACCAUCAACGACUCUACACAGAAGAGAAACCAUAUACGUGCUCAGAGGCUGAGAAGUGCUUCAGUGAGAAGGGCAAUCUUUCUGCCCAUCAAAUAAUUCACACAGGGGAGAAACCAUAUACAUGCCUAGAGUGUGGAAAGAGCUUCAGUGAGAAGGGCAAUCUCUCUUGCCAUCUGAGGAUCCAUACCGGGGGGAAACCGUAUACGUGUUCAGAGUGUGGAAAGAGAAUCAGUUCCAAGGGUAAUCUUUCUAUCCAUCAAAGAAUCCACACAGGGGAGAAACCAUAUAAGUGCUCAGAGUGUGGAAAGAGCUUCAGGCAGAAGUCAUAUCUUUCUAUCCAUCAAAGAAUCCACACAGGGGAGAAACCAUAUUCGUGCUCAGAGUGUGGCAAGAGCUUCAGUGAGAAAGGCAGUCUUUCUGCCCAUCAAAGAAUCCACACAGGGGAGAAAACAUACAUAUGCUCGGAGUGUGGGAAGAACUUCAGUUGCAAGAGCAGUCUUUCUGUCCAUCAGAGAAUCCACACAGGGGAGAAACCAUAUACGUGCUCAGAUUGUGGAAAGAGCUUCAGGCAGAAGUUCAAGCUUUCUGUCCAUCAGAGAAUCCACACAGGGGAGAAACCAUAUAUGUGCUCAGAGUGUGGAAAGAGCUUCAGGCAGAAGUAUGAACUAUCUGCCCAUCAAAAAAUCCAUGCAGGAGAGUGUAGUGAGCAGCCUGCCGGCACUGAUAGUUAGCAGGAAAAGUACCCAUGACCUUUAUUGACAGACUGACUACCCUAGGUCCUGACCAGUCAUCCAGGCAGGCAGGACUAGAGGGUAAGGAUGUGCACAAAACGAAAGGAUGUGUCCUUUUCUGGACUGCCAAACCCGUUUGGAGGUCCCACAUUUUGACUGGUUUGCCACUGGAGGAUAUCUUUUAAGGAGUAGAGCUGGUGCUGUUACACCCCCUGCCAUAUUUUCUCCACUGGCACUGCCACCGAAACCAAUGGUGCAGGGCUGCAAGAAGGUAUGCAGUAGCCCGGCCCAUGCCCGCGAUGUUGGUGGCAGUGCCGGCGGGGGAAGUGCAGUGGGAGGGGUUUAGCAGGACCCUCCCUGCUCCUUAAAGGUAAGCCCCCUGCCACCAAACCCGUCUGUCUGACAGUUCGUGCUCAUCCUUACUAGAAAGCUCCUGGGUAGAAGAAAAGGGAGUUGCCCAGGUGAGAAGGGAUUGAUGGAGACUGACCACAUUCCAUCUCAGUUAAUCUGCAGAAAUUGGGGAGACAGAUUUGCAGUGGCUUGGAUCUCGCCAGGGCUUUGGGGGGAUUCAAGGGGCAGAAAGCCAAGCUAAGCAUUUCUAAGUGCAACCAAAAAGUCGAAACCUAAGAAAACCUAGUAUGCAACAAAAAAGGGUUGUCUCUGUUUUUACAAACCCUCACAGUGUGUUUGAUUAAAUAUGGGUGGAGGGGGAGGGGACGCCUCUAGUGCAAUCCGUCUCCCAACUGGGACACUAAGCCAGCUUUGAUUAGCUCACCAUGUGCAGGCAUACAGUUGGGGAACAGCUGUUUUUCUAGUUGCCUGUUAGCAAGGAGAAGUAAAGUUUGAAACUGGGAUUUUUAAUGACUCUGAUUCCCAUUAUGAAAAUUUAUUAAGGAGUGAUUUGGUGGCAGCAAUUUAAACUACCAGAGUCUCUUAUUUACCUUUAGUCUUAAAAGUUAAAGAUUAAAUUCCUUUGUGCAAUCUGAUUCAGCUUCUCAGAUUGCAGGGAGGGGUGACGCAGCUGAUAAAGCCUCCCUCAUGAGUUGCUGGCCAAGACCAGUCAGUGGGUUGAUUCUUUACAGAGAAAAACUCUAUCCAUGCUCAGUGUAUGGAAGGAGCUUCAGUUGGAAGGGUGGGGUUUCUGUCCAUCAAAAUAUUCACACAACCAAGAAACUUUAUAUGUGCUUAGAGUGUGGAAAGAGCUUCCGUCGGAAGGACAGUCUUUCUGUCCACCAAAGAAUCCACACAGGGAAACACUACAUAUAUGCUCAGAUUGUGGAAAAACUUUAAGAAGGCCAACUUUUCUGCCUGCCUUGAACAGCAUCCUGCCCUCCCAGUCUGGACACUGUUUGAGAGGGGUGUUAACGAAACUCUUCAGGAGUGCUGGCUAACCACUUCAGUGGUACUUUUGGACUCUUCUGGGAUAUCACUGUGACUAUAUGGAAGAGUCGAUGACAGUGUCUGAGCCCCUCUAAGCAAUGGGGACCUUGUCCUGGAUGGCAGUAGUCCCAGUUCAGAACUGGACGUACACUAGAGGGCGUAGUCUUAUCUGCCACUGCUCCAUCCAUCUCUGUAAAUGCUUAUCCUGAGCGAAGCCAUGGGGCCUUGAGGGUACUCAUGUGUAACUUGGAACCGUCAGGCUAGAUGCCAAAGAUGUGGAGGGCAGUGCAGUUAGUAGGAUGUGGGAGCCAGUGCUUGGUAAAUUGUGUGGAGGUAUUCUUGAGCCGUCCUCAUUAUGUGAAGCGGGGGACCAUUCCUGAUCCUCCUAUGAUCCUGAACUGCUGAACGCCUGGCUAUAGUCCUUCUAAGGCUCCUUCUGUCCGUGCUUUUUGAUUGCUGGAGGAAAUAAUGGGGUUGCUGUCAGUAAGUGACACCACACACACACACACACACACCCCUUUCCACAUAUUGCCAUUGUUUUGGACAUUGCCUGUAAUGUGGGGCCUAAACUUGUAUUUGUCAACACAUGGCUGAAGGGAGUACAGGCAAGAAGCAUACACAUGUUCCCUUGAGAAAAUAACUUGAAGGAAUUCCAAGCCGCAUCCUCCUUACGGGAUAUAAUGCUGCUUAAAUUUUUUUCGCUGCAAGUAGAAAUGUUUCAAGGUAAGGAUUAAAAUGAAAGUGAGGUAAAAGUUUAUGUGGAGGAAUUGCAUCUGGGUACAGAGACCGAGCUCUGUUUAAAACAUGCUGAGUUAAAUCCUGAAUACAUUGCUCUGUGAUUAUUUUGCAUUCCCAGGAAUUUGGGAUUUCCACGCCCAAACACCAUGACUCUGGCAUACGCAUAGCGCGUCUAGUCAUGACUUCAUGGGGUCUAAGUCCAUAACGCAGAGGCAGGACUUCUCUGUAGCUGCUCUUGGGCUGUGGAAUGCACUCGUGGCAGAAAUUCGUAAUUUGAGAUCAUUGCUGUCCUUCAGGAGAGCCCUUAAAACCUAUCUGUUUGGCCUGGAAUUCCAGGUUUUUUAAUUAUUAACUGUUUUAAAUUGUUGUCCUGAUUUCCAGGGUUUUUAGCUGUUUAAUUGAUUUUAUUGUGUUUUAAUAGUUUGAUUUUAAUUAUUUUUGUUUUUAUCAUGCUGUAAACCGCCCUGAACUAUUUUGGAAGAGCAGUAAACAAAUCCAGUCAAUCAAUCAAUAAAAACUGAUUUUGAACCUCUCAGUGCUGUGAGAAUAGUGGUGAGGUUCUCAUCACAGUUUUUACCACUGGAUGAGGCCAUGUUACUUAAAGCUUCCUUGAUUGUGCGACUGGAUCUCUCAUCAAGGCCAAUGACUACGGGUGUCGUGCUAUGUGGAACCUCUGCUUGAUGCCUGUCCCGUGAAGGAACUUCCUCUCAGAAUCGAGGUAUUUGGGGACCCUGAAUCUGCUGCAAACUACAUUGAAAAAUACUCUUGCAGUGACUGAAGCUUAAUCAAGUAAAUGAAUGUAAUUUGACGGUAAGGUUAUUGUAAAAGCCAAUUAAAAAAAUUUAAAAUGCAAAAGAAGCUGUAUCAGUUCUGAUUGGUAUUGAUUCAAUCUAGUUUGGAAAAGGUUCCAGAAUGACAAGGCAGAACCGUUUGCCUCUGGAGGUGGUAGAAAUUGAGCCAAUGUAAUCCAUUUGGAUGUGGCUCAUCACAGAGUCCACGUGUUGUUGUCUAACAGGGCUUUGGCUGGCAGUUGACAUUCACAUGUGCACACCACAAACAGCUUUCACAAAAGGCACUCACAUCAUCAUACAUUUCUGGCCACCAUCCUGUAUGCUGAACUCUUUCAAGUGGGGGCUGUUUACUGCUGUGUCCCAUGUCAUGCACGGACUGGAUGAAUUCAUGUCUGACUGCGGCUGGAACUAUCCAGUGGUGGUCUCCAGUGGCCGCUGCACCCACCAGAUUCCAUCUGCCUUCUCUACUUUAAACAUCCCUGUCGAAUCUGAGCCUUUUGAAGCUACAGUAGGCCUUCAAUCUCGGAGUCUUCUUCUUGAAGGGUACUUACAUCUAGAAUAGGAACUGGUCCUCCUCUGAGUUGGGAGGGAGAAACCAUAGGAGAGAGGGCAUGCCCUCAGCUCUUGCCUGUGAACUUAGCAAAGGCGUCUGGUGGGCCAUUGCGUGCAACUGGAUGCUGGACUAGAUAGGCCUUGGGCCUGAUCCAGCAGGGCUGUUCUAUUAAUUUGACUGUGGGUAAUGACGGGCAAGAAGCUCGGCUUCACCAGGCUUGCUAGGUGUUGUUGCCUCUGGCUAAAGAGUCUGCUUCAUUAUUCCAGCUGUCUUUUUCUGAUGUGCUGCCACGUGGGUAAGCCAGGUAGGCGCUGUUCUCUUUUGGACUAACUCUGCUGUUUUCUGCCAUUUAUCUGAGUGUGCCUCAGGGCGUCUGUCAGAUGCCUCCAUUUCACGACUCAACCAUAUGGGAAGCUAUGUUGUGUCGUGAAAUGAUGUAUUUUAGGGGAGAAUGCUUUCUUUGAACUAUUGCUUUGGAACCCCUUAAUAAGUAUUCCCACUGUGCAAUAAUCCAGACCAGCGCAAGACAUGCCUUCUCACAAGGGGACAAGGACUGCUCUGUUGAACUCUGCAAUCGUGAGGCAUAUGUGAUGAUGCACAACUUGUCUUCUGAAUGCUGAUUCAAGGUUGUUGCUCUACUAAUCUCUGAGGUGGCCAAAUGAACCACAAAGGGGCACCAAAGUGGCAAAAGCUUUCAUUUGUUCUGGACCCCACCAGUGUUCCCUCUAACAGGGAUUCCCAUAUAUUGUUGACUACAACUCCCAUAAUCCCCAGCCAAAGGCCAUUGAAGCUCGCGAUGCUGGGAGUUGUCUUCAACAACAUCUAGGGAUCCCUGUUAGAGGGAACCCUGAACCCCACUCAUACUGAUGACUCUUCUUCAAAAGCUGAUAGGCUUUGCCUUGGCUGCAAAGCCUUCUUUAAAUUCAUGAAAGUUGUUCAUGAUGCCAAUUUGGGUUCUAAGGGAGUGAAUGUCCGUGGGGGCUGGAAGUUUAGAAGACCUACCAUCUUCCCUAAAGGCAGAUAGAUAUUUUGAUACCCCGCAGCAUGAAACCAUGUCUAGAUAACUUCCAGAGGGGGAAGGGCUGAAUAUCACAAGAGCUGACAUUUCCAAGGGAGCAGGCCAAACCCCAGUGGUGGAGCCUGACCCCCAGUGGCCCAUGUGCAGCGGCAGCCUCGCCGUCCCUGCGUCUGACGUCAGACACGGAGGCGUGGUCUGGCUCCCCAAUGGAGCCACAGCUCCGUUUGGGACUCAGUCAGUUGGGACUGGAGGAGGGAGUGAGUCAGGCCAGCACUGCCCCUUCAGGAGCUAAACUCGGGCUAGCGCUGCGUUCGCUGGCCAUUUAACUCCCGAAGGGGCCACACGGCCCCUUUGGGAGUUAGACUUCUGCUGGCUCUGCAUUCACAGCACAGCCAGGAGCAGCUUUUCCCUGUCUUAAAGGCAGGGAAGAACCACUGCUGGCCGCAAAUGCAGCGGCCCUUUAACUCCCGGCCCUUGCUCAAGAGCUAAACCAGCACCCCCAUGUCUGACGUCAGAUGCUGGGGGGGGUGUCGGGGCCACGAAGCGCAGUCCCUGAUUGGACAUGGCCUGGGUUCUUUGAACCCGUUCACCCAAUGGUAGCUCCACCCCUGCCAAACCCCUGGUUGUAGCUUUUGCUAGCUUCUGCUACAGGAGAAGGUUGAAUUUGUCCGUGUGGGGCAGAGCGGGAGUCAGGCCUUCUGUAGGGAUGUGCAUAACAUUUCAAAAGUGAAAUAUAUUGAGCUUGAAACAGAACCUUCUUCAAAUAAAGGGUCUGUUUCGAGCCUGGACCUAAACAACCUCAUUUUGAGUUGAAAUGUUUCAAUGUUCCGAGUUCCAUUUUGUAGGCCUGUUUUCCCCUUGCUGAUAGGUUUCCUGGCACUGGCUUCUGAUUGACUUGUGAUCUCCUAGCUUCUUAGUUGGCUUGUUCUACAGAUCAAGUGUUGUCAUGGGGAACUAUGCCCCCAUUGACUUGGGUGUUACCUACCACCCAACCCUCAAAAGAAAUGGGCAAGUGGGUGACUUUUAACAAAUUGUUAACCUUUUAGGAUCCUAUGGCAGUUUGAGGGAAAGGUAAAAAUGUGUUGAUCUGCAGCAUUCCCCUUUUGCCAUCUCCCACGGUCAUCUCCCAGUGCUGGAAGGGGCUCUUCUGCAGGAACCAGAGUCCAUGGGACACCUGGAAAGGCACAUAUAAGCAUUGGGAAAAUACACGGGGAUAUCUGGGAAACUCCAAUUUGGUUAUUGAUAUUUAUAUAGUACAGAUUUAUUGUGUUUUUAAAACUUUUAAUUAGAUUUGUAUUUUUAUACCCCAAUUUAAUAUUUUAUUGUGUAACUGUUUUAUAGUCUUAUAUGGUGUUAAAUGUUUUGUAAACCACGUUGAGAUUUUUUUUUAUACCACCCUUUUAUACCACCUUGAAAGGUGCUAUAAAAAUUUAUUGGUAAAUAUUUAGGGUUCAUUCGGGGCUGCAGUUUUUUAGUAUGAAUGUGAUAAAUCGUCGCACGAACAGUAUAACUUGUAAUCUGCUGCUGAAUGUUAACACAUUUCAACUGUGUUUAAAUCUAUUUUACUUUAUGCUGCUCAAAGACCAAAAUAAACCGUAUCUAUCUGUUUGUCUGAC